AUGCCGCCGAAGAAGGCUGGAAAUAACGCAGGAAAAGGCGCCAAAAGUGGCGGUGGCCAGAAAGAAGAAGCUGCUGGCAAGGAGAAGAAAGGCAACACUAUCAAGGUUCGCCACAUUCUCUGCGAAAAACAAUCAAAGGUUUUAGAGGCGAUGGAAAAAAUCAAAUCGGGUAUGAAGUUCAACGAGGUGGCUGCAACGUAUUCUGAAGAUAAGGCUAGGUCAGGCGGCGAUCUUGGCUGGAUGAUUCGCGGAUCAAUGGUUGGCCCCUUUCAGGACGCCGCUUUUGCGCUACCAGUCUCAAGCUGUGACAAACCAGUUUACACCGAUCCGCCAGUCAAAACUAAGUUUGGUUAUCAUAUCAUCAUGGUUGAAGGCAAGAAGUAG